CAUAAAAGUCAUUGUAUCAAUGAAACGGUGAGACAAAAAUGAGUCUUUAAUUGUCUAAAAACGCCAGCCUCGUGGCUUCAUCUCUUCAUGCCCUUCCUGUGUUGUCCUAAACAGCUAUCUUUCCAACAUGAAGAGAACUCCCGCUACCAGUCUCAUCUCAAUCUACUUGAUCCUGACUUGUGUCAUCCUAAUAAAGGGUGAAGAAUGUCUGUUUGGCAGUAAUCUCGUCCGUGAGCUGAAAGUCGGCGAAAGCGGUGUGAUCACAUCGCCAUCCUACCCAGAAUCCUACCAGAAGAUUCAACUCGUUUGUGACGUCCAGCUGAAAGCAUGCUUGAACUGCAUCAUCCAAGUGACAUUUGAAGACUUCUCGCUUCCGAAGUGUACGACUCCCGAUAUCGAGUCAUCUAUGACAGAAGACUAUUGCGACAUGUAUAACCUUUGUGAAUACUUCCUCAUCAAUGAGCCGACUGGCAAAGAAGGACUCAAAAAGUUUGAGGGUUUUCAGAAUCAGACAGUUUACACAUCGAAGACGCCGAAUGUCCAGAUUCGUUUCUGCUACAGUAGCUAUUCUUACGGAGCAGAGGAGAGGAGAUGGAAGAUAUCAUAUUCAGCAAGUGAAAAUGCUCCGACAUUCGUUGGUGCCGACAGCGAAGGCAUUCUCCGCUCUCAUGGUUUCCCCACUGGCUACCAGGGCGGCACCACCUACAAUUACCUGCUGAGAAACACAGUGGCAACUGGGUUCGUCAUGAUUGUCUUUGACGACCUUGAUCUCGAUUUUGACAGCAAGAUUAGGGUGUACGACUCGGACAAGGCCUCCGGUGACUUCAUCGACAUUAAGGGCCUUUCCAGAGGAGCUCACAUCUCAGAAACAAACACUCUCUUCCUCGAAUUCUAUGCCGGCACCCAACAGAUGUUCAAAGUUAAUAAUCUUGGUUUCAAAUUGACUUACAGCUUUGUAUCAGAACGUCCCAACCAGCCUGAAGUGUACACCUACAAGCUGAAUGGAUUGUCCGACUAUGGUUAUGUACAAAAACAACUCGGCCGCAAGAUUUUGGACUCGCCCUAUGACUACCUGUGGAGAGUCAUCCCACCAAAGGGGCUUAGGGCCUAUCUCAAGGUUACUGAUAUCUUCACAUCAGCAUCGUCAAAGGACUGGAGCAUCAGGGUCCAUGAGGGCAACAGUAGUGACGGGAACCUGUUGGCCGAGUGCAAGGAACUGAAGAACUGUCGGAACUUAUCGUCAUUCCAGCCUGACAAGGGAUUCACAUCAUUCCGCGGUCUUUAUCUCCGUAUCAAGGGACGGUUCACGAUAGCCGAUUCAAUCACGUUUGCUUAUGCUGCUUUCAAUAGCAAAUCGUCCCUGAAUCUAGAAGAUUGUGAACUUGAGUUUGACAACUCCAUUUCCAAAGGAUUCUACUGUGUGACGUCUGGCCGGUGUAUUCCCGCUCGAUUCAAAUGUGACAACUACGAUCACUGUGGUGACAAUGCCGAUGAAGCGCGCUGUGAAAACAUUAAACCAACACCGACUGCUAGUUGUGGAUGGCGAUUUGAGUGUGCCGACAGGCGUUGUGUGGAUUUUGAGUACAUGUGUGACCCCUGUUACGGCACACCCGACUGUAAGGGCGAAGACAAGAAGGAAUGUGAAGAGAAAGCGAGGGACAAUUGCAAGCCAAUCAUUGAUGCCAAGGAAAAAGAAAUGCUGACUCAUAUGAAGGGCCCAAACCUGCUGUGGGUGUGGAUUACUCUCGCCUGUGUCACUCUCAUCUCUGUCAUCUGUGUGGCUGGAUUCAUCAGAUUCAGAAAGAAGGGAGGCAGCCACAGUGCAGUGUAUCAGGCAACGGAGAACGGCCGCCCGCUAAGUAAAGGGUCAGAUGGCAUGAACGGAGAUGCUCAAAACAUCCGCCUCUCCCAAAACAUGCACUCGAGCUAUCACAGCUUGCAUCAGAACAGCAACCAUGGGGGGAGUCACCAGAGUAUACCUAAACACAGCUCGAGCAUCACGCAGAUCGUACCGCCGAUGACGGAUGCCGACGAGCCGCUUAUCAAGAAGAAGGAACCGGAUGAGGAACCACUGGUGGUGACGGAGGAACCAGAGGAAUUGGUCAAGAAAAAGUUGGAUGAGCAGGAAGAAGUCCCAGAUGUCACAGUCAUUGAACCAGUUGAUGCAGAGCCUGAGUCUGAUCCACCAAACUAUGAAGAAGUUGUCGUGGUUCAGGUCCUGAAUGACAAAGACGAAGCAGUCCAGCCUGGUGCAGAUGACGAUGGCGUGCAACCCAACGAGGACGAUUGGACCAAGCUAGUCUGAGGCAAAGUAAAAGGGGAUUAAAUUGUUCGUUUCUGGUCAGAGGGUGAAUCCAAUAUGGUUUUUGCAUUGGCGAAUCUCACUUCUGUAGAUCCAUGUUUGAUUCCAAGUCAUUCCUAGAAAAACAUGAAUACAUGCAGAGGAGAUGUGGUUGAUCGACUGCACCAGAACUGGAUAAUCAACUUUCUCUGCCUGACCGAGUACAACGUCGUUUUAGGAGUAUUUCUGAGCUAUGGCUUCUGUAUAUGUUUUGUGGGGAAGGGAACAAGCUCUUAGUUUGAUAAUGAUUAUAUGUCCACAUCUGCUGAAGAUCAUCAGGGACAUUUUUAAGGCCAUCAUCCACUUUGGUGCUGUCUCACGGUCAAACAGGAUAUUUGGCAAAUUUUCGAAACGGAUCAUUUUCUUGGUGCUUAUUUUUUGAAUUCUUGCAAUAAUCUACAUUUUUAAAGCAUUUUUCAAUGAGGAAGCAGACGGAUGAUAAAUCCCAUUUGAUUGGGCAAUGAGUCGUGUACUUUUUCAGGUCCGGUGUAAACAUUGAAACGCCAGUGCCAACAGCUGAUGACAUUGUCGGUGACGUCACAGGACAUUACGCAGGAUGUUGUGCCGUCAUUGUUUUACAUUGUUGUUGUUUUCUGGUAUGAAAUGUCAACCAUUCAGUGAACACGGAAGGGCCACAUGACACCAUGGGCCUCCUAGUGGAUUCGAUAGGCCGCUACCUCAUUUAAAAAUGACUAUUUUUUUCCAAAACUCAAUAGCUCAUUGGCAUAAAAAAGAUGGGAAUUUAGAUUAAGAUACUACAUGUAGCUCAUCUUGAUAGAUCAUGUGACUAGAUAGUGGUAAUGUAGAAUGAGAUCCUAGCCUAAUUCUUUUGAUCAUGUGACAUGAGUUGUAGAUCAUGUGACCUUCAUACUGACAAUGUGACUUGAUAAUGAUCAUGUGACAAAUAGUACAUGUGUAGAUCAUGAGACGUUUGAAACUGUUAGAUUUGGCGAUGUGCUAGAAUUUUCAAAAUGGCUUUUUCGUGUUGAUGUCUGACCUAUCAAACUUUCAAAGUUAUAACCAAACUUUCGAAGGCUUUUUGAGCGUAUCAUGGCCCCCCUAAAAACAAAGCUAAAUGUUCUAAAAGGAAGUGGGUCAGUUGUUCCAUAAAGGGACUGUACUGACCCUACAGGAAGUUUGGUGUUAACUUUGCAUAUAACAUAAGCUUGUUUUCCAACUCUAGACUUGUCAAUAUAACAUGUACAUAUUCAUGUACAUGUAAAUUUGUAAAUAGCCUUCAUGCUAGUCGUCUGUGUUUUCAUGCAUAUCUUACUUGAAUGGAUGAUAUAUCAUCCGAUGUUCUUGAUGAUACACCAUCCAAUAUUGUCGAUGAUAUCAAAUAUAGUUGACACCUCUUUCCUAAGGACUCUUGCAAGGACACGAAUUUCGGUCCAAAAUUGGUUGUUUCCAUUCAAUUUGACCUCUCAAAACAGGCCACCUCUCUUAUAAGGACAGCACUGGUCAAUGUCAAUCCUGAGUGUGCAUGUCCUUAGUAGACAGGUUCCACUGUGUAUUGAUCAUGUCAUCCAUAGUGGAUGGUGUAGCUUCUGUAUACAAGUAGAAAAUAAUAUUAUGACUUUGAAGUUGAGAUCUUUAGACUGUAUCUUACUGGAAGACAAGGUAUCAAUGGAAUGUUAUCAGACCACUGUUUUUCGUAUGGGUCUUAAAAUGUUUUAAAUGGUUCUUGCAGAGUCGGUUUGAUAGAAUUGAUUGUUUAUUACGACUCCAUUUAUUACAUGUAUUGGCAUGUCGAAAACCACAUUUUAGAGGAAUACUGGGUGAAGAAUUCCUGGUGUAAAUCUUUUAGGAAUUGACCAGAGACUGUACAGUUUUCAGUCUCAGAAUUUUAUGUGUAAUAAGGUUUUAACUUUGAUUUUUUGUCCAUGUAAAGCUUAUGUCAUGGUGGACACUGCCAGGGCUUUCCACCUACUUUAAUCAGCCUGUUUGAGUGCCAAGCUGAACUAAGGGCAACAGAAGACUGCCAGGCUACCCCAGGGAGCACCAGGCUCCUGCCCCAAGCAGCUUGGUGCAAAAAAUUGCCUAAAAAAGUUGUGUGAAUCAUUCUUACGACCAAAAUAUGGCUGGUAUUUCAAUCGGUCAACUUUUUUAUUUCAACCUGUUUAUGUUCUUAACCUGUGGGAUCACAGGUGUUUGAGAUGACGUGCCAUAUUGAUGUAUAAUACAAUUGAUGUGUACUAUGUGUGUUUUUCACAUGUGAAUGAAUGCAUUUAUGUCUGUUUUAUGAUUAUUAUGUAUAUCAAAGACUCCAUGACAGCAAGGGGCCAUUCAGACCAUCAAUGAUUUUCACAACCCUGGCAAUCAUCGAUAUCAAGGUAAAUGUUGGCUCUUCCAAGUCCAUUGUCCUUAGUUUGUGAAAAUAAUUUAUGUUUAUGGAUCCUCUUUCAAAUUCGAAUAUCAAAUUUGAAAGGUAGAAAUAUUCAGAAGUUUUGAAAGGUUCUACUUGUGGGCCGUUCUCGUAUAAAUUUGAAAACAACCAUGUACUUUAUGACAAAAUUUUCAAGAGUGCAGUUUGUCAUUCACUCUGAUCAUGUGUAUCUGUGUCAAUCCUUUUUGCAUUCAUCACAUUUAUGGCUUUGAGGUGUGUUUAGAAAUAAUCAUUUUUUUAAUAUGAAAUUUAAAACAGUUUUUUAAACGAUGAUAGGUGUCUUAGCUUGAAUAUACAUGUAGUAUAGGCUAGCAUUCAGUUUUAUGCUCUGCUACGGCAUUUUGUAAGCGAAAUAUACAAUAUCUAUACGGCUUGGUGUAAAACAGCCACUCGCGUAUUGUGCAAGCAAGACCUAUAUUACUUAGCAUAUUCAUAGCUGACACACAUAACUUGUUCACUGCCUGAAGAUUUAGGAUUUUGCGAUGUAUUUUGCAAUAUUUGCAAUAGUAUUGCUUAGGUAUUAUAUUUUACAUGUAUUCGUGAUUUUUUUAAGUUAAUGCGUAAGCAAUCUGUUCUCUCUCAGCUUAACGGCUAUGUCUUAAUUGCUUUGUUAUGAGCUAUUGUCUGCAACAUUGAUCUUGUCUCUGAAGCCUCUUUAUUUGAGGACAUUCAAAAUUCUUCGUGAAAGAUUGCCAGAUUCGCCUGUGUGACUAUCCGUCUGCACCGAUCAACUUCUGGUGACAUCUGCUGCCAAACAAUUGACAAUUACACGUUUUGGUUAAAAUACUAUUCAAAAGACUGUUUUAAUGCAACUUUAAUGAAGUCGUUUCAAGAGAAGACUUGUAGUUUAAGUUAAGCUUGUACUCUAAGCUAUAUGAACUUGUGGAUAACUCCAUAUGACCAAAAUGCGACUUACUACCCAUUUUGGUGCGAUUGGUCAUAUAUGACACGUAAUGCUUCAUACAUGGACAAUCCUUUUACAAACCAAAAUCUUUUUACUCAAAUCAAAAGCAUAAUCAGUAUAUUUGAACAAAAGUAUCAUUUGACGAAUCUCAUAUAGUAUUUGUGUAUACAAUCUCAGUUUAGAGAAAGAAUUUAGAAGAAAAUAUACUCAAUUUUUUAACUUUUAACUUAUUUACUUAUUGACAUAGUAAUUGAGCUAACUGUCAGCAUACUAUAUCUUAAUAUUCUCUUGCUGAUAUUUCAACAGGGUUAGAAUCUUUCUAUAAUUUUGGUUUCACACAUUCCAGAUGUGGCUUCUUUCAUAAUAGCUGAUAACUUUCUUGCAUCCCUCGUUGGUGCAAUAAUCAGAGUUAGACUUGAGUCCCCUCUUUCAGACUCGGGGAAACCACCAUGUGUAUCUAAAAUGACCCGGCCAGAAAAACGUCUGAGCAGAUUUCAGGUCAUGAAUGGCUACUGUGGGCCUGUUUUUGUUUGGUUGGCAAAUAAAACCUCAAACUGGUCCAAGGAAGCCACCUUCAAUGAUGUCCAAGACACAGCUAGGGAAAAGGCAUGGUGUUUUCCAACCACUUUAAGAUAAUUUUUUUUACCCUUUCAAUAGCCAUAUAAUUUUCAUGAAUUUACAUCUAUUGAGAUGUUGUGGCCCUCUAUGUCACAAACUGAUCAAAUUGGUGGGACAAUUUUGGAUUAUCGUAUUUAUUGCAUUUGUAAUUUAUGAAUUGCUAUUUAAUGUUUUAUUUUCAUAGCGUUUUAUAGUGUAUUAUACUAUUGUAUGAAGUGUGCUUGAGUUUGUUAUUUUAGCAAUUUGUAUAAUUUUGUAUGAGAUUACACGAACAAUUUAACCUGGGAACUUUUCUCAACUUAAUCGUCUCCUCUUGCAGAGAUAAUAUAUAAAGGUACAUCCAUCUAACUUUUCAAACAGAACCAAAGGGUGUCUGUACUUGCUGUGUGUGUCAAAGAUUUGAGCUCGAAACCAUGAGUGUUCUUUAAAAAAUCUUAACAUGUAGCAUCGAAAGUUGGAUAUGAAAAGCUUGUAUUGUUUUGACGUGUGUCCAGUCUUGUCAUGAAGGUGUCAAAAACCGUCUUUUCUGAAAAUUGAUAAUUGGGUGUGUUUCAUCACAAAUACCUAUAUAGACUCCCACGCUGAUAGAUAAUUUCAUCAUCAGUGACUGCAAACCCAGGCCACCUAUUUGGAAUGUCUAUACACCUCAAUUUGUGGAGUGGAUCACAAGUUUAUAAAGAAAAUUGUAUAACAUGUAGGCUGGGUUACUUGAAACACUUCUGAUAUUUUGAUUACCGUCAACAUAUGAAUGGCAGUAUUGAAAGUCUGUAAGAAAAAAAGGUUGCAAAUAUUUCCAGUUUACAAUCAAACAGCCUGACUCAAUAAUAGUGUACACAAAAAGUAAGUGGCCUCUUCUAGUUAUAAGUUCAUUUUGUUUGUAGGAAUUUCCGAAAAUGCAGACUUGCAGUAGUAUUUGCUGAUAGCAUAAAUUACGUGGCUAAAAUUGCUUUCUUGUAUUUUGUAUUGGGAGUAACUGUAGGUAUUUAUACUGGGAGGGCGAUUUUAAUAUGCAAUUCUUGAAGAUCUUUGUGUAGAAUUCAGUGUCUGAG